AUGUCGACCUCUAAUCAACUGUUAGGCAGCUAUUCCGUACCAAAUGUGAGCUUGGUGUAUGUUUGCCUCGUGGGCAACAUCACCCCAGGAAACUCGGGAAACAAGUCCACUGUUGACUGUGAGUCGGGACACAGUCGACCGUCGCUUCACAUUGAGGUUGGCACUAGUAAAGACAACGACACUGUAAUAGAAGUCCAAAGAUCCGUAGCAUUUCACGAACUUAUCGAGAGCACUGGGAAACUUGGGAACCUCGAAUAUUUUCCCGAGAAAAUUGAGGAAAUAGCAUCGGAAACAAUACCUCUGCCACCCCAUAAGGAAGAGGAUAGCGAGGACGAGAAUAAAUGUGGUAAUCCAAAAAUUCUGAGCCUAACCAAAACCAAGUGGCUCAGUGAGAGUCGAGAUGGAUCUCCUGACGCAAGAGAGCCACUGAUGCAAUCCACGUCAGAAAGCUCGAUCGUAGAAGAUCUGCCUGAACAUCACUCUACCCGUAAAGCCCUAUCGACGGUCCUAGCCUUGGACAAGGAACACAAUCUGUUCGGCCUGUCUAACACCUACAUACAGCUGACGAACUCAAAAACCUGGAAGAAGAUGCCCAAGGACAGUAAAGCUGUCUUCCAUCAGACUGCCAUCGUUCAAGCUUGUUACAAGACGUGCUGCAGACGUAAGAGCAAAACAGACUUACCAUCAUCAUUGAAGUGCGGAGGCUGCAAGCCAAAAUGUUCCUGCGCCAGAUGUCGCUCAUGCACCAGUUGUACGUCGCUAUGCCGAUCCUCGUGCUCCGCGUGUGCCAUACCCUGCUCCACUCCUUGCUCAGUGCCGUGCGGGUCACCUUGUGUGGUGACGUGUCCGUUGUUUUGCACCAAACCGUGCUCCCCUAAGCCUUGUCCAUCGAAGCCCUGUCCAAGUUGCGUGUCAGUCAUCAAGAAGCCAAAAUAUGAUCCGGUAUAUAAGGAAAUCGUGCCAAAAGCGAGCUGUGUUCUAGCAAAACCACUCCUCGCCCGCCCCUGUACACACCGCCCCUGCUGCAUACCGCCCUCGUCCUGCUUCCCUUACCUCAUGCCGUGUUUCUGGCCCUCACGCUCCGGAGCCCCGUGUAGUGAGCCUUCACAAUGCUUCCACAAUCCACCGUGCCCGAGGGGCCGCACGCCGAGGGGCAAAGUGCACCCGCUAGAACUGUGUCCUCAUGGCCAGACCUGCGUCGGAAAGGACAAAAGCGCAAAAUGUGAAAACUAUUCUUGCAUUGGGCGCAACAAUGAAGCAUUGGCAAAAGCGUUGGCUACGUUAAAAUGUAAGUCUUUGUUUAGGUACAUGGUUUUGUACAACUAA